GUUGACGGAUCGUAUUGUUUCCAAGUUUUAUUUCGAUUGUUGACGUGUGUGAGGUGCAAGUGUUAUUGGAAAUGUAAAAUUUGAGUCGUUCCUCAAAAUUAGUUUUGAGAAAAAGCAGGGUGCGAUAGUAAUGAGUUCGCAGAAUGAAUAAAGAGAGGUUUAUUAUCGGGUAGUCGUUGCAUAGUUAUCGCGUAGUUUGGGCAGCUUGUUUGCAUAUAAAGUAGGACAGUUUUAGACGAAGGUGAACGUAUGACUAUGCAAAUGGAAAGAAGGCGCUUGACACGAGGUUUCAAUUACAAUUACGAUCUUAAUUCGCCUGAGUGUUCCGGUGUUGUGCGCAGUUAAUAUAUUUGAAGGUUAUGUUCUUGUCCGGAGUUCAAGGAAACGGAGGAAACGCAAGCUAAGGAGAUGAGCUGGUUACGAGGAAGUCCUCUUGGAACGAACUUUGGCAAGCAGAGAUCCAGGGAUUCGCCUCCCAAAGAUGCUGACCCCACAGCUUGUUAUGACAGUUUUAGAAAACACUGGCAGCAAAGUUACGAGAUCAUUUCGAAUACACAGCCUCCGAAGGGCCUUCCGAAACAGGAUGAUGUUCUUGGGGUCGUGAAUCAUGUUGAUCAAAUGGUAACUUUGCUCUUGCUGGAACUUCGGAAUUGUGGAGUUCCUAAUCACCGGAACACAGCAUCUCCCACACAUUCUCCAUGUUUAGAACACUUACUCAGUGAGAAUCUUCUUGAUAAGCUCUACGAAUGGAGCAUUCACACCGGGAGGUUUAACAAUGCAGUUCGUUUGGAACAAUUGAAGUUGUACCAGCUCCUUGUUUCUUAUAACAGCGCCCUUUUGGCCCACGAGCCAGUAACUAGACCUUUAUUACGAUUACUAGGACAAUGUGCCAACGAUAUUUUGCCCUUCGAAGUGGAAAAAAAACUUGUGAUUUUAUUAAAUCAACUCUGUGUUGCUCUUAUGCAAAAUCUCGCGCUUUUGGAUCUUUUCUUUCACCCCUCCGCCACUGGCAAAAACAAGUUCAUAAUUUUCACACUUUUGAUUCCACACAUUCAUCGAGAAGGAGGUGUUGGACAACAAGCUCGAGAUUCAAUGCUACUUUGUAUGUCGCUUUCGAAAAAGAACGAUGAAGUCGGAAAUUAUAUUGCGGAUCCAUCCACUGGAGUCUGUCCUGUAUUAGCCACGGGGUUGAACGCGCUUUAUUCAGCCUUGCCUCGAAAAUUGGACAUCGAAACCGACGACUGGCAUCGGUUAACCCCAGACGACAUCAAUGAUAUGCCAGCUCUCACACAAUUAAUGAAUUCCCUCGAAUUUUGUAAUGCCGUCGCCCAAGUCGCUCAUCCCCUUGUUCAAAAGCAACUACUAGAUUUUUUGUACAACGGCUUCUUGGUACCGGUGAUGGGACCAGCAUUGUUACAGGAUUCUCUUGACUUGACUCUAGAUCAGCUUGAUGCACCGCAAAACAGGUCCACUGUAGAGGAGCUAGUCGCAGCAACUGCUUACUUCGAUUUAUUUCUUCGAUCAGUUACCGAGCCUGGCUUGCUGCGUUCGUUAGUCAGAUUUUUAUUGGAGGACAAUUACGACGAAUGUCGCAUUCUGGACAGCUUGAUCCAAAGAAUAUCGUCUAAAUCGCGGCUCUGCAUAGUAACCCUCGCCCUCUUCGAGACCCUAGUUGACCUGAACUGUGAGGACGUGAUGCUAGAACUUUGUUUGGGUGCUCUGAGUCCUUGCACCCAUGUGAUGCUUUCACAACGUCGGAGGUUACGAGACAUCGACCCUUUUGGUCGGGGAGCCGAAAAAUUUCUCACCCUCGCACCAAAAUGCUGUUUGUCCUUCUCCGUCAUCUCCGCACCGCCAAAUUCCUUGCCACCAGUGCCUGCCUCAGUCCGGAGGAAAAGCUCCUCGACCACCGACAGCACCAAGUCCCUCCCCGUACCAAAUAACUACAGCUGUCGAACGACAGAAAGCCUUUAUGGGAAUUAUCAUGCCUAUCUUUGUGACGCCAGGCAAAAGAUUGCCUCUUGCCAAAUAGCCUGCUCGACCUGGUCCAGUCAGUACGAUGGCGAACCAACCAAAGACAGCAACACAAGCAGUGCGACAACUCUAGCCGAGGAAAAUUUUAACGAUCAGAGCUUGAACAGGCGAGAUAGCAGUGGAUUAAAUGACGAGGCUAUUGAAAAUUUAAUUCUGAGUGAAGACGUUCCGGACUCUUCGCAAAUGCAGAAUAUUUUUGAUAAUAUUCAAUCGCUCCUGGAAGUGAGUGGAGAAAGUGGGGAUACUUUGAAGAUUGAUUCGGCGACGAAUAGUGUCUCGAGAGUAGAAAAUCAGGAGAAGUUAGAUGCUGAUAUUGCGGAGCUGCUGAAUGAAGAAAUCGGAGGUGGGGAAACCUUUGGCGAAACUUUGAUUAUGGACAAAAAAGGUUCAGACAGUGGUAUCGACGAAUCAAAUACGGCAAUGAAUUCGCUUUUAUCGAUUGGAGAGAGCAGCGGAUAUGAGAGUUUCGCAUUUAAAGGAUCUUCUGAAUCAACACCUGAUAGCGAACUCAACGAGGAUCGAAUAAGCGAACACGAAGAAACGAUUAUGGAAUCUGGUAGUGAACCCAGUAUCCAAUUACAUGGUUUAACGGAAGCGAACGAAGCUGGCUCUUCGAGUCGGGAGACUUUGAGUAAGGAAAACACUUUUCGUCGAGUCGUUUUAAACGGACAACCAAGCGUGGGCAUUUUCCUGGAUGUUGUUUUAAGAAAAUUGGAGUGUAUGAUGACUAACAACGUUUAUGUGAAUUUGCAUCUGACGGGUCUUAUCAGCAGGCUCGCGAUUUAUCCCCAGCCUUUACUACAGUCGUUUCUUCUGAAUCAUUCACUUGUUUUUCAGCCGAGUAUCAAAUACCUGUUUCAGGUGCUGGCUUGUCUUAAACAGAAGAUCGAUAAUUUUUUAUCGAAACAUGACGAUGUCGAUUCACUCGUGGAACAAGCCAGGGCAUUUUUGAUUGGACGAGAAGAUAAAUUGGUGAAUGCGAGAAAAAAUGCAUUGGAGGCGGCAGCUCGAUCUUCUUCAACUGAACGGAGAAAUUCCACGAAUAGCGAACCAUUUACGAGAGGCGAGCCAAAAAGAAGAAGUUUGACUUCUUCACUAUCGCAAAUGUUUAGAAGAUCGAGUGGAAGUUCGCCUUUUGGCAGUUUAACCAGCCCCCCUUCCAGUAUUUCCGAAGAAUACAUGGAAAUUGUUCCCGACGGUUCUGGAUACAGAUAUUACACGAAAACAUCGUGGGAGUCUCUAAGCGAAAUCACCCCGGUUCAAAAUGUAGUUCUCUGUGCCGUCGUUCUCGAUGAAUGGCUGAAGGAAUUAGCAGCGAUUACCCAGGAACACGCGAUCGUUUCCCUCACCAGCUGUCCAGAUUUGAAAAUCUAGCCUCUUCAAUUUCAAAGGAAAAUGUGACACAAAUUAAAUAUAGGACCUGAAUUAAAAAUUGAAGUGAAGAAAGUAGCAUAAGGAUCGAACCCUCGACAGGGUCGUAGCUUAUCUCAAUUUGUGAUAAGGGCACUCGAAUGCCCAACCAAAAGUAUUCACACCAGUCUUACGUGCAAUGAUACUGCGAUUCCGAUUUUUCUUUUAAAUCCACGCAAACUACUCGUUAUGUCGCAAGCCUCCAGUAAACGCAGUCUCUUACAGUUUAAGAAAUCUAUAUUAAUUUAUACUAGCUGCGUUUAUUAAUGCUUCCAUGCUUGGGAUUUAACGAGCCAUUUUCCCCAGCAAUGGCAGCUUUUUUUAUCCUUGAAUAUUCUAUUAUUCAGAAUUUAAAGAUGAUAUUUUUUAAGUCAUUGUUUGAAAGAAAGGCGUUACUUUUAUCGGCUUUACCGUUUUUUUUUUCAUUUUUACAGUAUUUUUCGGUUACGGUAUAUAUUUAAUCAAUGAUUUUUAUUAAGAAAGUCAUUCUGAAACUUAUUACUAGAGAGCGGAUUAGCUUCACUGUGAAGUUAGCUGACGAGCGUUGCUCGAAUUGAAAGCGUUUGACAUUAAAAAAUAUAUAUGGCAUGAUUUCGAAUUAAAAACGUUGCAAUUUAAAAUAUUUUAGACUAGUUUAGGAGAUAUUCACGUUUUUCUAAGGACAAUUUUUACGUGGGCGCCCAGAAAUGUUUUUAAUAAACUAUAUUUAGAAUGGAGUGAAAAGGAAUUGAACUUGUAUCAUUUCGGAAUAAAAACGUUUAAAAUUAUGCAAUUUUAAAUUUUUUAAAUUUUAAACCGAAGCUUUUAAAAUUCAAAAUGUUUAAACUAGAUUU